ACCAAAAUCUACAAACCCAUUCAAAAAUGCUCUAAUAAGGACUAUUUAUUUUCGGUAAAAUUUUAAAAUUAAAUCUGCUAAAAUUAUAGUAAAUUGUAAGAAAUGAUUUUAAGUGUAUCUCAAAUGGAGUAUAAUAUAAAGCUUUAUUAUUUUCUCCGUCAGAGCACAUACUUGUGAAUUGUGAUUAACACAAGUAACGAGGACUGACGAUAAAACAAAUACAUAUGCCGAGGACUUCUGAAAUUAAAUUCACAUAUUUAAUUUCUGUAUGAAAUAUUAGUAAGUAACACGUGAAGAAUGGUACGGGGCUUUAAUUAGUCCAUAAACAAGCACAUUAGUUAGGGUAGAUAGAUCCCAGAUCUGGUGGAAGAAGAAGCGAGAUCUCCCUCCCCAUAAUCGGAAAAGAAGAAUGUUUCUGUUGGAUUGGUUCUAUGGCGUUUUGGCAUCUCUAGGUUUAUGGCAAAAAGAAGCUAAGAUUCUUUUUCUCGGCCUCGAUAAUGCCGGCAAAACCACUCUUCUUCACAUGCUCAAAGACGAGAGAUUAGUUCAGCAUCAGCCGACUCAGUAUCCGACAUCCGAAGAGUUGAGUAUUGGAAAAAUCAAAUUCAAAGCCUUUGAUUUAGGUGGUCAUCAGAUCGCUCGUCGUGUUUGGAAAGAUUACUAUGCCAAGGUUGAUGCUGUUGUAUACCUGGUAGAUGCAUAUGACAAAGAGCGCUUUGCUGAGUCGAAGAAAGAAUUAGAUGCACUGCUGUCUGAUGAGUCCCUAGCUACUGUCCCCUUCCUUAUUUUGGGAAACAAGAUUGACAUACCGUAUGCUGCCUCAGAAGAUGAGUUGCGUUAUCACCUUGGGUUGACUGGUGUCACUACUGGCAAGGGUAAGGUGAAUCUAGCUGAUUCUAGUGUUCGUCCCUUGGAGGUGUUUAUGUGCAGUAUUGUACGCAAAAUGGGUUAUGGUGAUGGCUUUAAGUGGGUUUCUCAAUAUAUAAAGUAGUUUAUAUCAUCUGCUUAUGUACCAGAAGUUGAAGCAGAAUUUGUCCUCUUUUAUGCUUUCGUACAACUAUUUUUUCCCGUCUGGAAAAGAUGGAAUCUGUUCAUUUGUUCUCAAACUGGUGAGGUCUUUUAGUACUUAUAAUUUGUAUGCAUUGAGCAUCUAUUUAGUGUGAUGAGAAGCUAUUUACUGUUGGUGUAAAAUUUAAGUAGGGCUGGAAAAUUGUCAGAUCCCAGAUUAUUGACUUCCAACUCUUAUUAGCAUGCGUACUGAUUUGCUGCUUCUUUAGCAAUCUGGUAAAUUUUUUUGUCUUGAACUUU